AUGAAGCAAGCGGCGGGUAUUCUUACCUUAGGUCUCGCGGCAUUAGCUGUGCAGGCCGAGGAAACGGCUAAAUGCGAGAGGACUAAGGUUGCUGUCUUGGGUGCGGGUGUGGCUGGAGUAACAGCGGCGAAAUCGCUCUCAGACAAUGGGAUUGAUGACUUUCUCCUGGUUGAGUACCAAGACCGCAUUGGAGGGCGUAUGCAUGAUGUGAGCUUCGGCAGCGGGCCAGAUGGCCAUCCGUAUACAGUCGAAGCAGGAGCGAACUGGGUGCAAGGAACAGUUCAGGGUGAUGGCCCUGAGAACCCAAUUCACACUCUGGCCAAGAAGAACAACAUCAUCACCCUGGAAACCGACCAGGAUAACACGACAUAUUUUGAUGAUAAAGGUCCGGCGGAUUACGAGUAUGCGAUUCGCGAGUUCACAGACGCUGUCCACAAAGUUACCAUUGACGCGGGCUCCCUCCUAAAGGACAACCUCCAGGACCGGUCUUUCCGUGCCGGAUUGCGUCUCCAAGGCUGGGACCCAGCCAAAGACGAUUCCUACCGACAGACUGCUGAAUGGUGGUUGUUUGAUGGUGAAUUUGUUUACACUCCUAGCGAGAGCUCUGAAAUCUUUACCUCAGUGGCCGAGAACGCGACCUUCAACUAUUUCUCUGAGGAAAAUCUUUUCGUAUAUGACCAGCGUGGCUUUGCGACUAUCAUUCGGGAGGAAGCUGCGGAAUUUCUGUCAGAAAACGACAGCCGUCUCCGUCUUAACACGCAGGUGACUGGCGUCGACUACAACAGGGACUCUGUCACUGUGCGGACGAAUCAGGGUUGCAUAGAUGCUGAUUACGCUAUCAUGACCUUCUCGCUGGGAGUUCUUCAGAAGGAUGUUAAAGAAGCCAUCCAUAGCUUCGAGCUUGGAACCUACACCAAGAUUUUCAUGCAAUUCCCGGAGCCCUUCUGGGAUAACGCACAGUACCUCAUCUAUGCGGAUCCUGAAACUCGAGGCUACUAUCCCGAAUUCCAGCCCCUUGACCUCCCGGGUGUGUUGGAAGGGUCGGGUCUCAUGAUCGCGACCGUUGUAAACGACCAGUCUUACCGGGUAGAGGCGCAAACCAAUGAAGAAACACAGGCUGAAGUCAUGGAAGUCUUGCGCAACAUGUACGGUCCGGACAUCCCAGACCCGACUCAUCUUUGGUACAAGCGGUGGACACAAACUCCUUGUCUGCAAGCGCACCAAAACCUGCGUGCGAACGUCGGAAAUGUGUUCUUCGCAGGCGAGGCCACUAGCCAGGAAUUCUUCGGCUACUUACAGGGCGCCUACUUUGAAGGCAAACAUGUGGGUGACUUCAUUGCCAGUUGCUUGCAGGAAAGUGGCAAUUGCACAGUUACGGACGAGCAGCAAAAGUAUGCCGUUCUGACUGGAGUGACACCAUACAACCUGUACAAUUAUGAUCAUGGCUGGUUCGUGGAUACAAUCGCUUGA